CUCUCACAGACAAGAAUUUGGAGAACCAAGCCACUACCGACUCAGACUGGAGCACCUUCAAAAGAAUUUACCCAGACAACUCCAGUCAUGGGCUUGUUCCCGAUUGUAUAAAAGCACUCAUGUCUCGAUUUGUUUCAGCCGGCACCGAAGCUGACUCCAUCACACGAGAUGAUGCCUGGAUUCAGGCACAAAAAGAAGUGGAGGCUCAACGGCAGUCAAAGCCCGUAGUCAAGCCGGGUGAGCAAGAAGGCGGCAAGAGUCUGUACGAGGUUCUACAACAGAACAAAGCCUCGAAACAAGAAGCAUUCGAAGAACAAGCCCGUCUGAAAAACCAAUUUCGAGCCCUCGACGAUGACGAGAUCGAGUUUCUAGAAUCCGUCAACGAAUCGGUCAAGGCUAAACAGCAUGCGGUGGAGCAAGAGACUGCUGAGCAGCUCGAAGAGUUUCGAAAACAGCGUGCUGCCGCCGAACAUUCUCUCCUCGAAACCACCCCUGGAAAUAAUCCGACUCUUGGCUCUCCGGUGGCAUCAAGUUGGAUGGUGAAGAAGAAAAAGCGUCGGCGUGACCACGAUGGUCCACCAGAGAGGGCUGCCGACAGCAAAUCUAGAAAACUAUCAUCUAUUCUGGAGGACCACCCUGCGGCGCCGACUUUAGCGAGUCCUCCUCCAGAAACAUCUUCGAAAGAGACAAAGGUUGCCUCGAGCCGGGUAGAAAAGAGCGUGAAAAGCCCAGUGUCUGCUUCUGCCGCAACAACGACCACAAAACAAAGUACUCCUCUGACGACAAGCAACCAGCUCGGUUUACAGGGCUAUAGCUCCGAUGAAGAUUAAACAGACUACAUCGGACAUUUUUGUAACUGGGACGAAAAUCUGGGGGAAAUGAGAAAACGAGACUUUUUCACUGGUCGUGCACCAGGACUGGUCCUGCGCCUGGCUCCAGUUGCAGGAUAUUAGGCUUCAGCGCACUUGAAUAAUCAACUAAAAGGCGCCUGGAGCGCCCGCAGACCCCCGAGUUUUCGAGGAAGACUACCUACCUAGGUAAGCACCAAGUAGUCUCUGUUAGAUAGGCGUUGA